UUCUGAAAACAUGCCUAAAUGGAAGAGGAGCCGGAGAAGUCGGGAGGAUGCCUUGUAAAUGCUAAAAAAGUAUAAUCCUUGAGGUGGAAGUGGAACGUACUAUUGCUACCAAGAAUGUCUGACCAAAGUGACCCAAACAAGCCAAAGAAAACCAUAGCUGACCUUUUUCAGCAACUAGCACUUGCACAAGAGGAAGAACAGUCUCCAGCAGCACCUCCGAAACCGAUGGAAAGCUACAAGUUCUGGAAAACCCAGCCGGUGCCAAGCUUUGACGAAAAGGUGGAAAGCGAGGGGCCUAUUGACACCUCCAAGACGCCGGAAACUGUCCGACAAGAGCCAUAUCCGAUUCAUUCCUCGUUCGAGUGGACCACUCUGGACUUGGAAUCGGACCACGAUUUGGACCAGUUGUAUGAAUUGCUCUACGAUCACUACGUGGAGGAUCACGACGCCACCUUCAGGUUUGCCUACUCCAGAAACUUCUUUAAUUGGGCCCUGAAACCUACCGGAUGGAGACAGGACUGGCAUAUUGGUGUGCGUGUGAAGGACACGGGAAGGCUAAUAGCAUUCAUCAGCGGUGUUCCGUGCGAUUUGACUAUCAGAGGCAGGGACAUCAAGAGUGUCGAGAUCAACUUUCUUUGCGUCCACAAACAGCUCAGAUCCAAGAGAUUGGCGCCUUUGUUGAUCAAGGAGGUUACCAGAAGAGUCAACCUGCAGAACAUCUGGCAGGCAUUAUACUCAUCAGGCACGGUUCUACCAAGGCCAGUGAGUACUUGCAGAUACGGACAUAGACCUUUGAACUGGUCAAAACUAUACGAAGUAGGAUUCAGCUCUCUCCCUCCAAAUGAGACAAAGGCAAGCAUGGUGGCCAAGACCACGUUGGGCAGUGAGCCAAAAACCAAGGGUUGGAGGAAGAUGGAAGAAAAAGAUAUUUCUACUGUGUGGAAGCUAUAUGACGCAUGGAGAGACAGAUACGACAUCAGUCAGAUAAUGACAAAAGAUGAUAUCAAGCAUUGGAUUUAUGGCGGCCACCAGCAAGAUGGAAAAGUCAUCCAUACCUUUGUUGUUGAAGACGAAGAAACUAAGGAAGUUACUGACUAUAUCUCUUUCUACGUUUUGCCUUUCACUGUUCUACAAAAUCCAAAACAUAAACAAAUUGGAAUUGCGUACUUGUAUUACUAUGCGUCUACCGUCGGGCUAGGGAAAACUAACAAGGAUGAAGAGAAUCAAGAGCUUUUGAAGAAAAGGCUCAAAUCAUUGGUCAAUGAUGCGAUGAUUGAGGCUAAGAAAGUCGACAUCGAUGUUUUCAACGCCUUGAGUUCCCAAGACAAUACCUUGUUUUUGGAUGAUUUGAAAUUCGGCGCAGGUGAUGGCUUUUUGAACUACUAUGUGUUCAAUUACAGAACAAGUCACAUCGACGGUGGUAUGGAUGAAACCGACCAUGACUUCGGUAAGAAUGGUAGUGGUGUCGGUGUUGUUCUUUUAUAGUACAAUAAUUUACAUGUUAAUAUAUCCAUAGACAUCCUUAUGUAUUUACACAUGUUAUACUUUACUUUCGACAGAAAAGAGUAUAUCAGAAUACUUCCUCCACAGGGUAAUCUCUUGUGACAAAUCCCAUAACUUUACCACGUGA